CAAUUGGCUUGCUUUCUGGCUCAAAGCGGGCCGAUGCAAGCCUGCCAGUCUUGGCUUGUAGACAGCUUCAGGCGAUGCCUGCGUUUGAUGCCCAGGCUGUACAGAAGACCAAGAUGAAGGCGGUGAUGGCGCAGGCCUUGCAGAAAGCAUGGCGCAGUGGUUCAAUGGGCUUUCUGGCUGGAACGUCACAAGUGUUGGUCUUCAUGUGGUUGCGAACCGCCAUGAACUACCAAUACAAGUUUGGUGGAUCCUUGAGGGAGGUCUUGCAGAAGCUUUGGGCUGAAGGAGGCUUGUUGCGUUUGUAUCAGGGCCUUUUUUGGGCGAUCUUGCAAGUACCACUCUCGCGCUUUGGAGAUGUCGCAGCCAAUGAUUUGAGUUUGGCUGUUGCCAGAGUGUGGGUGCUCCCUUUGAGUAUGACCACCUUCUUAGGCUCGAUUUCAGGUGCUGCCUGGCGGAUUCUCAUCACACCAGUUGAGACCUGUAAGACCAUUCUUCAGACAGAUGGCUCUCAGAUCUUGAGGAAGAAGCUCAUGAGAGGGGGGCUUUUUGGAUUGUGGGAGGGCUGGGAAGGAAAUUAUUUGGCCAACCUUCUGGGCAGCUACCCCUGCUUUGUGGCGAUGAACCUGCUCCAGCAUCAUCUCCCAGUUCCCCGUGGCCGUCUCCAAGUGCUGGGGCGAAGUGCCUUGAUUGGAGCAAUUGGGACCUCUGCCAGUGAUGUAGUGGCGAAUUUCAUGUGCAUCAUCAAGACGAAGAAGCAAACCAGCAGUGAGGACUGCAGUUACUGGAGAGCUGCUCAGCAGAUCAUUGAGAAGGAUGGCGUCGGAGGCGUCUUCUUUCGGGGUUUGGGGACUCGGAUUUUGAUCAACAUUCUGCAGGGCAGCUUCUUCAAUGUGCUUCACAAGUACUUGUCAUCGAUCGAUUAGGCCAUGCGGCCUUGUCAGAAUUUUCCAGCAGGCAGAAGAGCUGCCAGGCUGCAGCAGCUAUGAGCCGAUCGGCUGCCACAAUUCAACUGUUGGGCUGUUGACUAAAGAGUCCAGUCCCAUGUGCAUGUGUUUUGCAUGAGAAAAA